UGUGUAAGUGUUGAAGAAAUAUACAUCCAAACAUCAUAAAGUAUACGAUCCGACGAACGACUCUCACCCGAGACAGUCGUGGUUUUACCUUGGUAGAUCGCGCAUGUGUUUCUCUCUGACCAUAUCGAAAUUUUUUUGUAUAAUUUCUUCGCUCUGUUACGAAAUGACACAAUAUCGAAGAGUUCUAAUUUUUUGUUUAUUGAGCUGUAUAUACUUUUUUGAGUAUGUUACGACUGAUGAACUAAUAGUAAAAAUAAAAAAUGGUACUUUAUCGGGUUUGACUUUGAAAACUAGAAAGGGCAGAGAAUUUGCCGCUUUUCGGGGUAUACCAUACGCGCUUCCACCUCUUGAAAAGUUAAGAUUUGAGCCACCAAAACCAGCAAUAGCCUGGAAUGAUGUGCGAUCAGCUAAAGAAGACGCCAAUAUAUGUAUACAAAGGAAUAUUUACAUUUAUCAAGAAGAGAUCGUUGGUGACGAGGAUUGCCUUUAUUUGAAUGUCUAUACACCAAAAUUACCUACUGAAAAUGAUAAAUUAAAGGGACGAUAUCCAGUUAUGAUUUGGUUUCAUGGCUGUGGAUGGAUUUGUGGUGCUGGUCAUUCAGAAUUUUAUAAUCCCAAAUUUUUAUUAGAUCAUGAUUUAGUUCUCGUGACAGUAAAUUACAGACUCGGACCUUUAGGAUUUUUGAGUACAGAAGAUACUGUAUGUCCUGGAAAUAAUGGAUUGAAAGAUCAAUCUUUGUCCAUUCGUUGGGUACACGAAAACAUUGCCGCUUUUGGUGGUGAUCCAAAUAGUGUGACCAUCUUUGGAGAAAGCGCAGGUGGCGCUAGCGUGCAUUAUCAUAUGAUAAGUAAUUUGACAAAAGGAUUUAUCCAUCGAGCGAUCUCUCAAAGUGGUAAUGGCCAUUGUUUAUGGACUUUAACUAGACCAGGUUUAGCAAAAAAAAAAGCCACCAAGGUUGCUGAACUUUUGGGUUGUCCUUCGAAAGAUUCAAAACAGCUUGUCGAUUGUCUGCGAAAGAAGAAAGCCACUGACAUCAUCGCGACCGAUCGUGCUUUUCAAAUAUUUGGUUAUUGCCCAAUGAUACCCUUCAGACCGGUAAUUGAACCUGUUCAUCCUGGUGCUUUUUUAACUGAAGAUCCAGCAAUUUCUUCUAAACAUGGCCGCAUAUUAGAUAUACCAUGGAUGACAGGAAUUACAUCCCAAGAAGGUUCCCUCGUAGCACCAGCAUUAUAUGGAAGAAAUAACGGAGCUUUGAUUAAAAAAUUGAACAAAGAUUUCUUAAACAUCGCUCCAAUAACGUUAUUAUACGGGGAUACAUGCCCCAAAGAUGAACAGAAACGGGUGACUUCCGAAAUACGGAAAUUCUAUUUCGACGAUGGCCCAAUUGAUAAUUCAACGCGAUUCAAAGUGAUCGAUAUGUACAGUGACGCCUGGUUCAAUCAUGCAGCUUACACUUCUGUGCGUAAUUAUCUCGCGAAACAAUCUUCUCCCGUUUAUUAUUAUUAUCUCGCAUACAAAGGAAGCGCGUCGUUCAGUAUGAUAUUUGGCGAUCCUCACAACGAUUACGGUGUAUCGCACGCGGAUGAACUUCAAUAUUUGUUCCCUGUUGGUGAACAAUUGUUCAAGAACACUUCAUUGAGCAAGCAAGAUCACAAAAUGGUGGAUAUUAUCACAAAUCUUUGGUACAAUUUCGCAAAAUCCGGCAAUCCUACACCCGAAGUGUCGGAAGAUAUACCCAUUAAAUGGAAACCCGUGAGAACUCAGGCCCUAGAAUAUCUUCAUAUAGGACAAGAUAACAUUAGAAUGUCGGAAAAUCUUAUCUCGGAGAGAAUGAAAUUUUGGGAAAGUUUACCGAUACGAUCGGAUGAUAGCGGAUCAAAAUAUCAAGGAAAAGAUGAAUUAUAAAAAAAUGUUAAAAAAACUGCGUUAUGAUUGUCAUGCGUGAAAAUCACAAAAUUUAAUUCGCACGAAACAAUGGAUAAAUGGUGUCUCCUCGAUUAUUACAUGUUAACAAAUGAACUUCAAUUUAGAAGAAAAAAAAAAAAAAAAAAAGAAAA